CACGUUGACCGUCGGUCCCAGUGUUCUAGACUGUUGCUGUCGCCCAGUCGAAUGGCAAAAGACGACGGACUGGGCUCUCCCAUCCUCGUUUGUCGCGUUUAGAGGCUUAUUUCUCUUACUGUUGUUAUCAGCCUUCGUCGGCAGCAAUCACAUGCCCACACCCAAUCCAUCCCUCAACAGCUUGGCCAACUUUCCCCUAUCUUUCACAGUGUUCCGGUCGACAACAACCAACAGCUCUUAUUCUCAGGCCUUUUGAAUUACGGUGUACAUUUGUAUUUAUGAAUCUGCGUUUCGCUAACUUGACAUGAACGAACUAAACUGCAACAGCAUUUGUCAUCUUUUGUGCUGUCCCCCAGUCCCUUCUAAAAUUGCUGCAAAGUUGGCCUUCAUGCCCCCUCCAGCAAGUUACGAACUGUCAUUGGAUGAGACUUCUGGGAAGUUGUCAUUCGUGUACGCUCCAUUUAUGCGGGAAACCUUCAUGGCAUUCGUGCCGGAUAACCUCGAAGUAACUACCGCAACCACUCGAAGAGGAAACAGAAUUGCAAUAGUAUACAUGCGGAAUAACCCGUCUAGCAAGCUGACUUUUCUGUUGAGCCAUGGAAACGCUGUAGACCUUGGGCUAAUGGUUACUUUUAUGCACGAGCUUGGAACAAAACUUAAUGUCAAUAUGAUGUGCUAUGAUUAUUCCGGGUACGGAGCAUCCACCGGUAAACCUCUCGAGAAAAACCUGUAUGCCGAUGCUGAAUGUGCACUUGAAGUACUUCAAAAGGAGUUCGGUGUACCGUUGCGACAGGUAGUGUUGUACGGGCAGAGUAUAGGCACAGUUCCCACCGUCCAUUUGGCAACGUUGUACCGUGUCGCUGCUGUUGUCCUUCAUUCGCCACUGAUGUCGGGUCUGCGUGUAGCUUUUCCCCGCCUUCGAAGAAAUUACUGUUGCGAUGUCUUUUCGAAUCUAACCCGCGCUUCUCGAAUUAUCUCCCCGACGCUCAUCAUCCAUGGGACACGUGAUGAUGUGGUCCACGUGAACCACGGUCAGCGAAUAUGUUCAGCUCUAGCGGACCAUCUUGUACUAGAUCCCCUGUUUAUCGAAGGUGCCGGUCAUAAUGAUUGUGAAAUGUUCCCUCAGUAUCUUAUGAGGUUAGCCAAAUUGACCAAUGUUGAGAUCCCUCAGAUGGACGAAAAAACAAGUUCUCUGGAGGCUUUGGUACAUUCGCUUGAAAAGGACGAGAAUCUCCCGGAGGACGACCAGGAUGACCUCUCCGCUUGCAGUGGUAGUACUAGCAGUAGCAGUACUGAUAACGAAACAGAAUUGUCUCCAUCGAGUUCCACUCGUCUUUCACCAGACUUGUUGAACACAUCAUCCGGUGAUGGAUUCAAGCACAAAACUCGUCCAAAUUUCAAAAAGAUUUCACCCAUAUUGGCCGAUCAACUUCGUAUGCUUCUAUCCAAACGCACAAAUAAUCUAUUCCGCAAAUUGUCAACACGGUCGGCAAGGUCUGUUCCGUCGGAGGAACAACAUGCUUCCACAACAUAUGGCCCGAAACGUUCUUGUGUUGCAGCCUGUUCGGCUCCGCAGCAAAUCAUCCGUACGCCGUUCGCGCCGUGCAACACUGGAACGAAACCGGACGCGUCGGUCGAAGAUGUGAAUGAUGUUGUGAUCAGCCAAAGGAUAUCAUCACAUUCAAGUGCGGUUUGCGAAUCAGGAAGCAAAUCUUCCGAAGAGUUGGAAGACCUACUUCCUCCUCCACCGCCGCCUCCUCCUGAUACCCAAGGACUCUUGAUAUCCAAUGAACUUCUCUGGCACAUUCACCAAUCAAAAUACAGGAAAACUUUUACGCUUCCACGUGAUUUCCCCCCUCCAGGAAGUAACAAAUAUCAAGCGCCUGAUAACCUUACUCAGAAAGACAAGACUUGUACUCUACCUAGAAUGUUUUCUCCUACUGCUCCGUUUCACUCGAAUGGUUUCACCGAAGGCCCGCCUACGUCGUUCAAGAAUCUACCCGACUCAGCUCUAAUCAAAUCUUCCGGUCCUCCAUCAAGGGAGUCACUCCCUAACACAGACAACCCGCUUCACGCCGCUAGUCCUCCACAAGCAAUUAGCACGUGAUAUCUUAAGUUUCUUUCACAAUCCUUUUCAAACUUUAUUUUUGGCUUGGCUGGUGCGGAGGGUGCUAUAACAUAUAUCGACUCAUCAUAUCCCGCUUUCGUCAUACGUUUCACUCCACCCUGUUUUCUGUCCGGGUGUAUGCGUUUCCAACUCAGCCUGCACGAUCCAGGUCUGCCAAGUGGCAUUUGAACAAUUUAUUACCUGUAUGUGAUUGCUUUUUUUUACGUUGAAAUGUGUGCAUGGCUCAGUACGAGAGUGACAGACUGCUUCCCCCUUAAUUCAUCUACUUACUGAAGGUUUAUUCCUUGAUUACGAUCUCGAUCCUCUUACCGGUGCUCAUGUUAUUGCUUAGUACUCAUCAUCCCAAGUAGGAUUCAUGCAUUUUCGGUUUCUCUCUACCAUAUGCAUCUUUGCUGGUAAAGACGUCUUUUCCAGCUCAACUGUUAGUGUUUUUGUUGUUGUUACUGUUGUACUUGAUCGUCUCUUUAUUUGCCCA